GUCAUUGUGAAGUCACCUUUUGAAAUAUUUAGGUGAUGUACAUUUCGGAGAUUUUAAAUUGGGAUGGAAAGUACAAUAGCAACCUGAAAUAUAGAAGUGUUUGUAUGAAGAGCCUUAAUUCUCCUGUUUCUGAUGUCAUGCGACAAGGAAUUCCAGAGAAAAACCUUUGUUUAUUGUUUUGUGGCGGAUCGAAAUGUAAAUAUUGCAACCCUUCAUCAUUUUUCGACGUAACCAAAAUGCAUUUAAAUGGCUUAUACUCUACUUGGUAUUCGUAUUAUUACAUAUAAGGUUUAGGAUUACACAAAAUAUACUGGCAACAUCUAGACCAAGUGAAAAAUUAAUUAAAGAAUUUGAAAUAAUUGAGCAGUUUAAAAGGUAUAGUGAGUAAUGGCACAAAUCUAUGAAAGAAUGAGUAUUCGUUCCAUAUUUAACAUGGAAACAGCAGGGGAACACAGUAGUUGCGGCUUUGGUUUACUCAGUUCUGGAUUUUCAUAUAACCCAUUAAGCUUCAUGAAAAACAAUAUUGCUUUUUACAAUUUUAGCUGGUGUGACUACGAUGUCGCAUCACUGCAGUUCAUUUUGGAUACAGUGACGGUAAUCCAGUUUGCAAUAUUUAAAGGAAAAAUCGCAAUUCACUGUCAUGCCGGACUUGGUAGAACUGGUGUAAUAAUUGCCUGUUAUCUAGUAUUUAAUAACCGCAUCUCCGCUGGAGAAGCAAUACAAUAUGUUAGAUUCCGAAGACCAGGGUCUAUACAAACCCAGAAUCAAGUUGAAUGCGUAUAUAAAUUUGAAAAGUAUCUGAAUCCUUAUCGAAUAUAUUUCGGAUCACGCGGACAGUUCAGUUUAGAAGCAUUUCUUAAACGUCAGAACGUUUUAUUGCAUGGACCGGAAAGAAUAAGGCUAAGAAAUAUUCCAAAAAUUAUAUACAUGUGUUGCAAGCUGCUUGUCAGAAUCAUCGUGACAAGAUGCACAUCAGUACAAAUAGAUUCUUCAAACUAUAGAAAUCGAAUAGUGAGUGAUGAAAACAAUUGUCAAUCAACAAAAAGGCUUUCCACAACAAAUGUUACACAAUCAGAAGCUUUUACUAGUUGCCAACCAGAUGAAACGACUGAACUAACGAGUACAACUGUAGAUUAUUCAUAUGGAAAAAAUUCUCCAAAUCAAAGUGUAGAUGAUAAUCAGUCUGUUGGUGCAAGCUCUGUUAUUGAAGCUCUGCUUACUACACAAUAUCCUGAAUCAGUUGUGAAUGAAACGGAAUAUUGGAAAAAAAAAUUCAACAAUGAUCCUGAAGCCUGGGAUGAUUUUGACAAAACUUCAUUCAAUGCAUUGGUCCUGGUAAAACUGAUAGAUGAUUGGUUGACACAUUUAAAGUCUCCAGUGCUUCGAAUGCAAGACUUGCUCAGCUUACAACAAAAUCCUUUAUUUGAAGAAGAUAUAUUAACUUCUCUAGAGAUUUUCGAGAAACCAGUCGUUUGUUUAAUGAGUUUAUUUGCCAAACUAAUAACUUAUCUUCAACCUUUAUCUGAACAAAUGGAACAUUUACUAAUACAACGUGUUUUAAAUUGGUUAUGUCAAAAACAAUCGAAAUCUUUAAACAUUACAACAAAUACGAAGAAAUUCAAUGAACAAUUUAGAUGUUAUCAUACAAGAUUCGAUGAUUUAUUGCAAUUAGCUUUUAGAAUAAUGCAUUUUUUAAUUGAAUUUGUAAAAUCAAAAUGUACAUUAAUUGAAAGUGUUAAUCUGCUGUCUAAUUCUUUGCCUAUCAGUCAAUAGAAAUAAUAAUUAUAAUGAAAAAGAAAACAAAAACAAACAUAUUUUGUAACAAAACAGAUGAAAGUAAUAAUUAUUUUAUUAGUAUUGAUAAUUGAUUUACAAUGAAAUGUUUUUUAAUAGAAGAAAAAACUAGAUUACUUCAUAGGAUUUCUUUUUGAUUGUGGUUAUUAAUGCAGACUAUUGGAUGUCAACUCUGUGACUUGAAAGUUAAACGCUUACUUAAAGUUUUGAAUUUUCUCAACAAUGGAGUCGUGUAUAUGAACUGCUGAGCAGUCCAAUGUGCCGACAAAAUAACCCUGUGAUGAUCAUUAGUUUUUCAAUGGUUAUCUAUCCAAAACAAAUUCGUUAUGUGAAAAUACAAAAUUAUAUAUAAGUUGGAUCAUUU